AUGUUUGCCUGGAAAGAGCGCCCAAAGCCUUCAGACGAUAUCUACUUGUCCAUGAUGACCUCUCCCACCCCAUCCUAUCUCAUCAUUGGAGCAGGCGUGUUCGGCAUUUCGACUGCUUUUACGCUUAUCCAGAAGUACCCUAAUGCCUCGGUGACUGUGGUUGACCGGGAUGCAUACGAUGCAGAAAGCCGUGUGGCUGCUUCGUGGGACUGGAACAAGGUCGUCCGCGCAGACUACGAUGAUUUAGUCUACUGCAGACUAGCGAUUGAGGCUCAAGAUGUGUUUAGAUCAGACCCUCUCUGGCAGCCAUACUUCAAGGAGACGGGAGUCUACUGGAUGUGCCGUAGCGACUAUGCCCAGAAUGUCAUUGGCAACUACCAGAAGCUGGGCCGCAAGGCCGAGAUCUCCGCUGUCUCGGUGGAGGAAGCUCGCAAGCUUUACAAUGGACUAUUCAACGAGGCCGACUACGACGGCGUCAAGGAGGUCCUUGUGAACAAGACCAGCGGUUGGGCUGCUGCAGGGGACGCCUUGAGAGCCGUGACCAAGAGAUGCCUCGAGUUGGGCGUCAAAUAUGUUGUGGCCGAUGUCGCCACCCUCAACGUUGACUCGCGCGGAACUUGCACGGGCAUCAAGACAAAGGACGGACGGGAGCUAACAGCUUCCCAUGUGGUCUUAUGCACCGGCGCGUUUACAGCUAAGCUGCUGGAGCUGAGUGCGGCAGCCACUGGUGCAGACCUCAGCUCGGGAGAUAGAAUCACCGCGGGUGGUAUCACGACCGGCAUGAGACGACUAGACGAUACGACAUACCCCAAAUUCGCCUCAAUGCCUGUAGGAUUCCAGGGCUAUCCGGCCGAAAUCGGCCCCUUUCUGGGUAGUCUCCCGCCAACACCAGAUCGAGAGAUCAAGUGGUGGGGGUGGACUAUUUUCAAGAACACAAAGGAGCUUCUCCCAGGUCGCUUUGUAUCCAUGCCUCCUGCGGAAGCGGACUAUGGCCAGUGGAAGGUUUCCAAGAAACUGAAGGAGGAUGUGCGGAGAGCCAGCAGGGCCUUCUACGGCAAGGAGGUUGCCGACUGGACCUACACCAAGCACCGCAUCUGCUGGGAUGCAUUUACAACCAGCGGAGACUUCAUCAUCUCCCCCCACGCUGGGGCCAAGGGACUCUACCUUGCUACAUGCGGCUCGUUCCACGGCUUCAAGUUCUUCCCGGUUCUUGGAAAGUAUGUGGUGCAGAUGCUGGAAGGGUCCCUGGAACCCGAGCUAACAGAGAAAUGGGCCUGGGACCGAGAGCGGCCAGACCCUUCAUCCAACCCUGAAUGGCCUCGUACUGAGAUGAAUGAUAUGCUUGAUAAUGUGGCAAGGCUGUAA